GUCGGUCAGUCGGUAUCGAACCGUCGUAUUACGCGAAGCUCCUACGACUCUUGUCUUAGGACCGCCGCCACUUUAAAACGAGAUUUGGAAUCUCGUGAACGUAAAGGACGAUUUUUUACCGAUGGCAUCGGCUCUCCGACCUUACGUACCCAUUGAGGUCGGUAGCGCCAAAACGAUUUUUUUGCUUCAAAAACGGUUCUACCGGUUCGGAACGUGUCAUAUCCGGUAAUUCAAGCAAAGAUCGAAUGUAAGUAUAGUGAGCAUUUGUCAUUUAAUGUUAGUUGUAUUUCUUGUGUCGUGUUUGAAGAAAAGCAACAUAUUGCUUAAAAUAAUUUAUAAAUAUCAAUAUUCUUUUGGCCUUUUUUUCUACUUCUAUUUUUUUUUUUUUUCUUUUAUCUUAUCGAGGACUAUCGACAAGUAUCGAUCCUGGACCCGUCGAUAGGCAAGAGGUCGUUGUCGAUCCAUGACGUCAGUGAGAAUAGCUAUUGUACUUGUUGCAGGAAGCUUUUACAUUUUUUAAUUUAAUUUAUUUGUACAAUACAAUAAAAAAAAAUAUAGUCAUUUCAAGUUAUUUGUUAAUAAACACAUUUUUUAAUUAAAAUGGAUUCUGGAGUGGGACAAGGAAAAAAACAAAUUCGUGUAGGAUUUUAUGAUAUUGAAGGUACCAUUGGCAAAGGAAACUUUGCAGUGGUAAAAUUAGCUAGACAUCGUAUUACUAAGACAGAGGUAGCUAUUAAAAUAAUUGAUAAAACACAAUUAGAUCCUACUAAUCUUGAAAAAGUUUAUAGAGAGGUAGAAAUAAUGAAGCAAUUAGAACAUCCACAUAUUGUGAAAUUAUAUCAAGUAAUGGAAACAAAAAAUAUGAUAUAUAUGGUAUGUGAAUAUGCAAGUAAGGGUGAAAUAUUUGACUAUAUUGCACGAUAUGGAAGAAUGGGAGAACCCAGAGCUCGUGCAACAUUUGCUCAAAUACUUUCUGCGGUUGAAUACUGCCAUGCAACGGGUGUAGCACAUCGUGAUCUCAAAGCUGAAAAUUUACUCUUAGAUGCUCAGAUGAAUGUUAAGAUUGCUGAUUUUGGUUUUAGUAAUAGAUUUUCACCUGGAGAAAGAUUAAGUACAUGGUGUGGAAGCCCUCCUUAUGCAGCACCAGAAGUUUUUCGAGGGAAACAUUAUGCUGGUCCUGAAAUUGAUGUAUGGAGUUUAGGUGUCGUACUAUAUGUAUUAGUAUGUGGAGCACUGCCCUUUGAUGGAUCUACCCUUCAAUCUUUAAGAGAUCGUGUUUUAAGUGGAAGAUUUAGAAUUCCAUAUUUCAUGAGUACAGAUUGUGAAAGUUUAAUUCGAAAAAUGUUAGUUUUGGAACCUACAAAACGAUAUACUAUUCCACAAAUAAAGAGACAUCGUUGGAUGGCUGGAUCAGCAGAUACUAUUUGUUCAAUGAUUAUAACAAGGUCAUCAUCAUCUAUCCAAGAACCAAAUGAACAAAUACUUCGACUUAUGCAUAGUUUAGGCAUAGAUAUCACGCGAACUAGAGAGUCAUUAAGGAAUAGUAGCUAUGAUCAUCAUGCUGCUAUUUAUUUCUUAUUAUUAGAAAGAUUAAAACAACAUCGUAUCAGUAGCACUACAAAUAAUGCUUGUUGGCCAAGUGUUGCAAGAACAAAAGAAGACAAAUUCAAGUCAAGAACAAGGGAAGAUGCAACUCGAGGAGGAAAAAGAUUUAGUUCAACUAGUUCUUCAACUGAUGAAGGAUGCUGUAGUGCAGAAGGUGAUUUAGAGGAAGGUCCAAGUGGUGAUGAAUUGCGAGAAGCUCAAAUUAAACUUGAGGAACAUAGAUUAGGCCUAGAUCAAGAUAUUAGUCAACGAAUUGACAGUCAAAUAGUUAAUCGAAGAUUGAGUGAUUACCAACAGCAUUUUGAUACCCCUCUUAUGGAUUCUAUUGAUCCUCCUAGUCGAACAACAUUAUUUAUUGCGGGUGGUAGUGGUAGUUCGUCAUCCGAGCUUUUUGAAUCUAGUUUUGAUUCUGGUUGCCCACCAGAUUACUCAGGGGCAAAUUCAUUUACAAGUAGCUUGCCCUCCUGCACGCCUCCACCACCUAUGAGUCCAUCGCCAAUUACCGGUAGAAUAUCAAGAGUUUCUCAAGGUCGUAGAGCUUCAGAUGGUGGACCCAGAUUAUUGUUUUUUCAACAAGGUGGAGGAGAUAGACCAACCAAGCAGCGAAGUAUUCAAGAUUCUGGCAAAGCUAGAGGUCAUUUAGAUCUUGUUCAUUUAAGACCACCAUCUACAUCACCUGAAAAUCAAGCACAAUUUAAAAUUCGUGGUGAUUCCAGUACACAAUUACAAUUGCUAGUGCAACAACGUAUGUUGCAACAAAAACGAAACUUAUAUCACAGACACAGAGGUGGAGGAAGUCCAACUCCGAUAUCGGUAGCAACGAGUACUAGACGCACUGAUCACGUACCAAGACAAGACAGUUAUAAACUAGCUCAAAGAACACAGAUCUUACCACCUUUAUCUCAGGGACAUGUUGAUAGAGACUUUGAUAGAGAAAGAAAACGAGAUGAAGAAAGAUGGAAAAGUUUGCCAUCUCGACUUGCAGCAGAUUGUCAAUUAGCAGAAAGGACACUGUUGUGGAGCCAACAGAAAAUAUAUCAGGUGGGUCUCAGUGGAGGAGCAUCAUAUUUGCCACCUGGCAGUGUAGGUGGUUUCUUAUGGCCCACUGGAAGCAACCCUCAUUCAACCAUCUUCGAAAAUGUUGGAGAUCCAAUGGAAUAAACAUCUAUCUUGUUGUAUUUUUAGUAUUGGAGAUUUUGAGUCUGAAAGACUAGAUUAGAUAUACAAAAUACAAUAAGCAGUAUUGCCUUCCUAGUCUUUCCAUAUCAGUAUUUUUAUUUUUAUGAUUAUGUAUUCUAUUGUAUCUAUUUUUUACGUAUUUAAACUGUUGUAUAAAUUUCAUUAUAGAACUGUUUCCUCCAUAAUAUUCUAGCUUUCAUACGCAAAAUCUUUAAUUAAAUGGAAGGUACAUGAUACUAAAUGUCAAAGAUUUGCUUUUAUUCAAAUUCGGUUUUCCCAUGUGCUUUGAGCAUCACAUUUUAUCAUAUAUUUAUAUAUUCAUAUAUUUCAUUCAUAAAAUAAUGACAUAUUUCAUGCAUAUAUAAUGAAUAUUGUUAAAAAUCUUUGUCAUAUAGUAGCAUGUGCGCCUGCCUUAUUAAUUGGCUGAUUUUCUCAGUCAAAUAUCCAAUUAUAUCAUAGACUGAUAAUUAACAAGAGAAAACACCAAGUUUAUAUUCAUGAGCAAGUGGCAUAUAUCUUGUUUUACAAUGGCAUUUAAUUGAAAGCACAAUGUGUAUACAUAUGCAUAUUUUAAUGAUAAUUAAUGAAAAAUACUUUUGAUAUGCUUCUUGAAUACUACUAUUCAUUUCAGUAAAUUAUCAUAUAAUGACAACAAUGUAUUAUUUAUAUGUAUUAUUAUUUUUAUGAUAUUAUAAAGCAAUCAAUCAGAAUCAGAAGAUAGUAUAUAAAAAUCGAUCGCAAUUUAUGAAUUUUAUAACUUCCAUUUGAAUAUUUGAU